CCCAGUGGCCCUCUUUACGAGCGUUCGCAGAUCAAAAAGCCCAAUGGACCAAUAUAGAAAGCCCACCGGAAAGUCGCACUCCUAUAAGGCUAUAACCUAUUGCUCCUUAACAGCCGUUGCAGCUCCGUUCGCUGAAAAGUCUCCGGCACAGAAUCUUGCCAGUUAUUAUGUUAUGAUCCUUGAUGCUGUGAGAGCUAGAACAUUUUGCAUUGAAGGAGUCUUGGCUUGCUCGACUGUCAUAUUUACCUCCGUCCGUCAUCAUACGAGAAGAUUGUAUGGUAUGAAAGGAAUAGGGGUAGAUAAUUCCUCUGGUUUGUGUUCCCCUGUUUCUGAUGCAGAUUUGCAUGUUUUACCAUCUAUAUCCAUGAGGUCUGAACAAAAAUGUCUAUCCUCAGAAGUUCACUCGACCCCAGAAAUUGAGAAGAAGUAUGUUCAUCGCGUUUAUGAUGCAAUUGCUCCCCAUUUUAAUUCUACUAGGUUUGCAAAGUGGCCCAAAGUGCAAAUGUUCUUAAACUCUUUGCCUCGAGGAUCGCUCGUCUUAGAUGCAGGAUGCGGAAAUGGGAAAUACUUAGGCUUGAAUUCCGAUUGCUAUUUCAUUGGCUGUGAUAUUAGUCCUCCGCUUGUCAAAAUAUGUGCAGAUAAAGGGCAUGAAAUUCUAGUUGCUGAUGCUGUAAAUCUUCCUUACCGCACUGGUUACAGCGAUGCUGCAAUUUCCAUUGCUGUGUUACAUCACCUGAGCACAGAAAGCAGGAGGAGGAAAGCAGUAGAUGAAUUGAUUCGUGUUGUUAAAACAGGUGGCCUUGUCCUAAUUACAGUUUGGGCUAGGGAACAAGAAGAUAGAUUAUUGAUUAACAAAUGGACUCCGCUUACUCAAAAGUAUUUAGAGGAGUGGAUAGGUCCUGGUAGCCCUCGAGUUCGCAAUGCAUCAUCUACAUUCGCUCUAGAAAGCAUCCCUGAAAUUGCAGAAAAUGGUCCUGGGGAGCAGUCAAACAAUUUUCCUGCCCAAUCUUCAGAUGUUGUGUCACAUAAAAUUGUGCAAUCGAACUCUGGAGAUGGAGAUCAGUCAUUGGCUUCUAAAACUGAAGAGGACUGUGCAUCCCAGCAGGAAUAUUUCGUUCCUUGGCACUUGCCUUAUCAUCGAGCUGAAGUGAGUGGAGCUUCUAUCAGUGCUUUAGCUAAUGGUCUGGCAAGGAAAGAUGAUAAGAAGGGGGCAAUGGUUUAUCUUUGUAUUUAA